AUGAACGGAACCAAUAUGCGAUGUUCCUUUUUGGACUUAAACUUGGAACAAACUGGAGAAACCUUUAUUGCGAGUAUUCUUACUUGUAUUUUCAAUGCAGUGUUUUCCCCAAUAACAUCUACAGGAAAUAUUAUCAUUCUUAAUGUCAUCUGGAAGACUCAAGAGCUUCAUUCGCCAUCUUUCAUGCUUUUGUUUUGUCUCGCUGCUUCAGAUCUGCUGGUCGGACUGGUUUGUCAACCAUUGUUCGUGGCUUAUCAGAUUGCAGAACUUUUAAAUAACUUCAGAGCUUACUGUAUCUUGAGAAUGACCCAAAAUAUAUCUGGUUGGAUCACAGUUGGAGUGUCUUUGUUCACUUUGAGCGCUGUCUCCAUCGAUCGACUUCUAGCUUUGAUCCUACAUCUACGAUACAGUUCAAUUGUGACUGGCUCUCGGGUUCUGAGAAUUGCUAUUUUUCUAUGGAUUGGAAACGUAACUGUUGUUAUCUUGAGAUUUUGGGUGAAAGACUGGAUUUUUAUUCCCUUGGUUGUGAUACUUCUUUCUUUUCUGGUUACAGCAAUAAGUUCCUUGAAAAUAUUUCAUAUCGUUCGCAAACACAAGCGCCAGAUAAUAGAGCAACAGCAGAGCACCCAACUUUCCGCGGUGAAGAUGCUGAAAUGCAGAAAAUCUGCUGUAACUGUGUUGUGCUUCUAUGGUUUAUUUCUUAUUUUCUAUUUUCCAUUUUUUGUGACUAUGUUCUUGGAAACACAUCUUGGAUACACGUUAAAGGUCAAAAUUACCUAUGACUACACAACAAGUAUUGUUUUCGCGAACUCCUGUUUGAAUCCAAUAGUCUACUGUUGGAGAAUUAAAGAGAUACGCCUUGCUGUUAAAAAUACACUGCGAAAAUGUAGAAGAGAGCCGUCAAAGUAGGUAUUACAAGAUCGUACGGUUUUAUCAGCUGAGU